GGGGAUGGAGGCAAGAAUUAGUCUCAGAGCAGACUAUUUAAACGGGGAAAAUAUUCAAGAGGCUUGUGUCAUCUCUCUGUCACUGGGUUUACCAGAAAACAGCCACAAAUCCAAAACCACAGGAUGUCCAUCCUUCUGGCUAUUCUCUACAUUUCUGUUGCUUUGCCUCCCGACUGCACUGUUCUGUCCACAAAUGGAGAUUCCAUAGACAGCAUACUGACCAUAGCUCAAACAACACUGGUCCACAUUGAGAAACUAAGGAUGACGCUGCCAGUGACUCAACCUAAAGUGCCAGUGAGUCCUCCCAUUAAAGGUCUAACUAGUAUCACCCAAUACCUUGCAGUCUUGGAUAAUGACCUGAAAAACCCUUCAACAGAUCAUCUCAUCCAGAUUCAGUCUGAUGUCUCCAGCUUGGAGGGAAGAGUGCGCUCCCUCGCUGUUACAAUGAACUGUCCCGUCCAGGACAGACCAGCACCACAGACCCAUGGGAAUAUAUUCCCUGAGACCCACUUCCAUCUGACUCUGGCAAAGGCGCAGCUCUACUUGGAGAAGUUUCUCCGCAACAAGGACAAGCUUAAGGUCUGCUGAGAAGUUUACUUAUAUCACACAUAUGCUAGUUCUUACCAAAAUGCACAAACAGCUCAGUGUAAUCUACACUCCUAUCUACAGUGUAAAUUUGCACAUUAUUUACCUUGACUUUUGUCACUUGCUGCUGUUAAGUAUUUGCCACAUUAUCAAAGUAGUUAAGAAAAUGUAUAAUAUGUAUGAAGCAAUAAUUAUGUUGUGGUUUAAAAAUUGUUUGGCAGUGUUUACCAGUAUAUACUUUUAUUUUCUAUGCAAAUAUGUAUAUAUAUUUAACCUAAUAUAUAUAUUUUAAUCUGUUCACAUUUUAAAACCUAAAUAGAUGAAGCAUGUUUUUCUAAGCUGUGGUUAUGGACACAUUAGGCUGCACGAUUUUAAUGUAUGAACGAUUUUAUGUGAAAAUGUGUGUAAACUAUAUAAAAAGUAUUUGUUUGAGUUGUACUGACUGACCAGAACAAUACCAGCACUUUUAGUAAUAAAGUAUUUUUUCAUACAAAAACCUGUAAUAAAGAGUAAAAAAUCAUAU